CUGGGUGCCCACUGCUCAUUUGCGAGAAGCACUGCGCUUUUUGAAUGGCCCCGUAGUCUUCUGAGACCUGUCAUGUGUCUCAGAAGACUCCGCUCCCCAAAGGUCUGCAGUCUCUGGUCAUCUCCUGUAGUAGCUCCGCAUGUGUGCAGUCUCUGGUCAUCUCCUGUACUAUGUCCGCAGUCUCUGGUCAUCUCCUGUACUGUGUCCGCAGUCUCUGGGUCAUCUCCUGUACUGUGUCUGCAGUCUCUGGUCAUCUCCUGUACUGUGUCCGCAGUCUCUGGGUCAUCUCCUGUACUGUGUCUGCAGUCUCUGGUCAUC